AUGAACGUAUCGCCAACGAUACAGCAUAUCCCAUUCAUUCUGGACUCGACCCUGAGAUCAGAUACCGACGAUUUUCAGCUACUGUUUCAGCACUUUGUUUUGCAGUCGAUGCCAUCUAUGGCGCCUGAUGAUAUUGACUUGGACCUCUUUCUCAAGUACACGAUGCCUUUGGUCCUCGCCGACGAUCUGGUCAUGCGCGCGGCUCUCGCUCUGAGCAGCGCAAAGUACAUGAUGCGAGACCCGACGAGUAAAGCGUUAUAUCUCUCUAGGCUAUGCCAUUCACAGGUUACGAAUGCUAUCAGAAUACGGAUCAUUACUUGCAAAGCUGGGCUGGACGAGCGACCUGUGUUUCUAUGCGCGGCCACUAUACUUAUGGCGGUGCUAGAGUUAACGCUUGGCAGCACACAAAGUCACCAUAUAGACUUUGCCACCCAUCUUAUCCUCAACGUCCUUCCCUCGUCCGUUUGUCAGAUUGAUCGAACUCUGUACAGAUUCCUGCUCAGGGCGUGCAUCUACAUACGAGCUGAGACAUGGGGGUGCGAGGGUCCCGCAGGUCUGCCCUCGGACGUAGAAAAGCAGGUUGCGAAUAUGUUCCAACUCGCGGGCAAGCUUGAGGAUCUGGACAAUGAGGGAGGAAUAAGAAGUCAGAUCGGCUUACUUCAGACGGCCUUCGUCACAGGCCUGUUAGUUGUGCCGCAGCUCGCUCGCCUUUCAGCAUCAAGGGGAUGCAUUGAAGACGACGUUGAACGAGCUAUACAAUUGGCAGCACUCGAGUCGCAGAUCCUGUCGUGGCAACCUCCUCCUGCUUCUGAAGCAAGUGAUAACGUCCGGAGAGUCUGGGGUCUGUGGCGGACAGGUCUUCUGGUACAUCUUUACACAUCCCCGGUGGCACAAGAAGUUUGCCAGACGUGGUGGAGAGAAAAGAGCAACGCGUGCCUGAGCGAUUUUAUUCAGAAACUCAAAGAUACAUCUCAGAACCCUAGGGGCCUCUCAGUGCUCUCAUGGCCGCUGAUAAUGGCAGGGUCAUUUGCUCAGAUCGCUUCGCAUCAACGGUUGAUUCGAGACACGUUAUCUUCCAUCUCCGAGCGAACAGUUUCGAGACUACCAGUCAAAUUAGCGGAACGACUCGAGACACGACAGCCGAAAUCUCGAACUAGCUUAGUGGUAUCGUAG